AUGGAACGAAAGAAAUGCAAGUCCUCCUACUAUGAUUGCAAGAUUAAAAACCUGAAGCAUGUUAAGCCUAGGAACUGGUGGAGUGCAGUUAAAAAAAUAAGUGGAAUGGAUGCAAUCACCAAAUCUGAUCUUCGCUCCAAUUUACAAAUUGAUGACCUCGAUAACUUAAGUGAUAUCGAGGUUGCAAAUAAAAUUAAUGGCAAGUUUCUGGAACCACUCCAAGAGUUUCAACCGUUGCAAAUCACAGUACCAAACAACGACUCCAUUUCAAAUGUCCUGACAGUGUCUGAACUGGACGUCUGGAAUUGUUUAAACUCACUCAAUCCCUGGAAGUCAGGUGGGCCUGAUAAUAUCCCGUCUUGGGUUCUUAAAGAAUAUGCAAUGAUUCUCUCAUUACCAGUGAUGAAAAUCAUAAAAUGA